UGUAUGCAUAUGACAUACAAAUGGCCUUUGUGCUCAUAGUCUACCCGGGUGGGUUCUUGAUUAGGAUAGGCCCCAGAAACCGAUGAUUGGAUAUUGAUGACUGAGGCGUUAUGUUGUAAAUACUAACCACGUGUGCACAUACUUCUAUAGCUUAGACAGUUUAAUCCAGGUCAAUGUCCAUGAGGUACAUGUGACUGUGUGGUAGAUGUGAUAUACUACGUAUACUUUAGGUUGCGACAGGCUGCAAUGACAACAGCGAGAAACGGGGCACAACGUUAGAUGAUGAAAUAUGAAGUUACGUCAUGCAUACGGAGGUGUUGAAUUCCUAGCGUCACAUUCUUCUUGGUUGUAGUAACAGAUAUGAGUGUCUCUUGGACUAAAACAUCCUUCCUGCUUCCAAACACGAUGAGAGAAAAUCAUGACGUUGUAUUAAACCACAGGAACAUCUACAAGCAUUUGCCUCUUCUGUGGAAUAGCUGUGUUGUCUUGGAUCAUGCCCUGUCUUCAUAUACCUACGGUAGAAAAUAUUCUCAAACUGUAACAUAGUCACAACUGUAUGUCUGGUGGAGACGUUCAACGUCAGCUACAUCUGCAGAAUGUCUGGACAAAGUCUGCAGAAUGUCUGGACAAAGUCUGCAGAAUGUCUGGACAAAGUCUGCAGAAUAUCUGGACAAAGUCUUCAAACACUGUACACUACAGUGGUACAGAAGCUGGAUACUGUGAGUGGACCAAAUCCGGAGCAAUGCGAUGCCUGUUGGAGUCGCACGUUGAAGUCAGAUGGAGAGUUUCAGUGUAUUGAUUGUUAUGACGUUCUUUGUAAGCCUUGUUCGACAGGACACCAAUCGUCCAGUGCCACAUAUUCUCACAAAGUUGUACCCUUAAGGGACAUCAGAGAAGGGAUACAUUGUGUCAGAAGUCCACGUUGUGUGUCAAUCCCGUGUCUCGACCACCCUGGGGCUUUAUACAAAUACCUGUGUGGGUCGUGCAUGGUUCCCGCAUGUGAUAAAUGUGUUCUUGGUCAGCACACCGCAAAUACAUGUACUGUUCAUCCUCUGGAAAAGGCACUGGAAAUAUGUAAAACCAAUCUUGAAGAGUCGAAGGACAUCAUGGACACUGUUUUGUCAUCUUUAUCUUCAUCAGUUACCCAUCUGGACCAAAGGAAUACAUUCCUUGUUAAGGAACGUGAUCAGUCAAUUCAACAACUUCAUCAAAAAGCACAAUCACUUGUCGAACAAGUAUUGACUGAGGAAAACAAAUGUGUAAAGAAGUUAAACGAUCUUUACAAUUUGCAGAUUGGCUCUGUUGAAUUAGAGUCAAGAGACAUAAAGGAUAAACUAUGCGCUGUCAAAGACCUAAAAUGUUUGUCUGAAGAAGUCCAGGAAGAAGGUAACAGUGUUCAGGUAACUAUUUUAUCAAAGUCUUUGACGAGCUGUAAGGAAGAACUUCGAUCCUUCAAAACGCUACCUUCUCUAAAGAGACAUAAAAUCUUCACAGUUGAGUGUAGCCUUCUCGAAAAAGAAUCAAUAUUUCUGAUACCUGAGCUGAAGUCCAAUACAGAAUCGAUGUGCUCGCCUGAUACCCAUUGUGACAGAAAAACAGAACAAUCGGAUAAUGAAGAUCACAACGUUAGAAGCCAUUCUCACUUGCCUGCAGAGGAGACAACAGAUUCCGCCUCUGGUGAAAUCAUCAGCAUAACUGCUUCCAUGGCUUUCACAGGAGGUUUAGGGAGCGCCUACUUGAAACAGAAAUAUGGCAUAAUCUUGGAGGAAAACGGCACAAUAGAUGGUGACGCAUCCAUUGAAGAUACCGCUGAAGAUCCUGUCCUAAUGGACAGCAAAACAGUUGCCAAUGUACCUACCUGGCCGUCACAUGAAUAUCUCAUGGCUAAAUCUAAUCGUAGGGGUAUGAACUAUGAUCAUGCAGGUCUAUAUCCCCCCCAUGAAGACAGUGUGCUAUGUCUCCAACCAUAUCCAAAUAGCACAAAUACACCUCAGAUAGGCUUCGGGAACCCAAACAUCUGUGGACUUUCCACUCUGCCAGUGUCUUUGAAACCGCAUCAAACUAUAUGCCUCUCGAACCAUCAGAAUCAGGCCAAAACAGAUGUCAGUGCUCUGUCUGUAGGAGACGAUCAUAUACUUGUCGUUGACCGGGAUAGCAGGACUGUCAAAAUGGUUGAUGGGAGCUAUAAACUAAAGGACACAUUAUACAUAGAUGAGUUGUCCGCUCACCCACAUCACUCACUGGCAGUCAUAAGUAAUCAUGUUGUGUUUGUGUGUGGAAUGUAUGUACAUGUUACUGAUCAGCACCUGACACUACUGCGGAGCUUCCAACUCCUGCAGGAUCAGUAUCAAGGAGAAACAUACCUUCCCCUGUGCAAGUUCAGUGACAAAUCCUUUAUCAUAGGCAAUUUGCCAGGAUCACUUCUUCGAAUUUAUAACAUUCUUGGACAGCUUGAAGCGGAGGUCAUGUCACCACUCCGGGGUGCAACUGUGGCAAUCGCUCAGAACAACCAUGGUCACCUAUUAUUCAGUUCCUGGGAGAAGGGUGGCUUAGUCCUUGAGGUCCAGAAGGACCUUCAGGUCGUCCGAACAUACAGGCCCUAUGGCGUACCGUUGUGGUACCCUGAAGACAUAAGCGUUGACCAUACUGGAAGAGUAUUCGUCACAGACCCUGUACUAAACCACAUCCAUGGUUAUAAUUCAGUUGGAAUUCCUCUUUUUAUGUACUCUACAGCAAACGACGGGCUUCUGUUUCCAAGGUGCAUUGUUGUGAAGGAUGAUACGUGCGUUGUGUCUGGCAAGCAUGGAAACAUAAUAUUGUACAAGAUAAUAUAUGUUCAGCUGAGCUAAGACGUAAAUCGUGGGUAGAUUGAAAUGCUUUGUAAGGAAUUUUAGGGUACGAGCACAAACUGUUCGCAUUCAGCAAUGCUCCAGUUAUCGGCUUCUAAAUAAUCGGAUCUGGACCAGACAAACCAGGUACAUUCCAUUGGACGAGAGAUCGGUCACAAAACCGCAAAACUAACGUUCAUGAGUGUAUCGCCAACACAUGUUGACGUUCAUACUUAUUUCACGAGACUGUAUUCUUGAAAUGACGUAAGCACUGACGGACUACUUCCACGUUCCUGGAAUUCCCCAGCACAAAAACACAUGGAAGCGUUGUCUGUGAUCAUUUAGACCAUGUAAUCUUGAACUCAGCGUUUUAAGCUAGGAUAAGCCAGAGAAUUUGACUGCAUGAUCGUUCACAAAUAUCCUCCAUCUUAGUGAUCAAAACGAAGAAAUGCACAUCAAAACUACAGUCUACAGUAAUCUAUGAACUUUCCUUAGUAUGUAUUGGACACAUCUUUACAAUGACCCUUCGAUGAUCGGCCAAUUGAUCAGUGAUGACUGACACGAGUACUUGUAAGCGCCACAGAUUCAGGAACAACUUCGGAAAUCUUUCCAGACCCGUUAAGAUUCGGGUAGAAUUGGUCUUCAGUAACCCAUGCUUGUCGUAAGAAGCGACCAACGGAAACGGGUGGUCAGGCUCACUGAUUUGGUUGAUGCAUGUCAUCGUAUCCCAUUUGCGUAGAUCGAUACUCAUGAGGAAAAUAUCACUGGAUUGUCUGGUCCAGACUCGAUUAUUUACAGACCGCCGUGAUAUAGCUGGAAUAUUGUUUAGUGCGGCGCUGAACAACGAACACACAAACAGACGGAAAUAUCUCCCGUCACGUUUAUUGUGUCGGCCAUUUUGACGUCUUGUACUUGAUGUAUAUGUAUGACGACUGACAUUGUGACUGACUUACUGGGGGUAGUUCUUAACAGACCUUUCUCUACUUAUGAUGAUAUUAUGUGACUAUAUUUGUUGUAAACCGACUACAAAGAUGUCAGUGAAAAA